AUGGUUGAAGAUAGGUAUAGAGUAGAGAAACCAAACUUUGAAGCGCAGAAAUUCUAUGAUAUGUUAGAUGCAGCAAAACAGCCGUUAUAUGAUGGUUGUAGAGAUGGUAUUUCACCUCUUUCAGCUGCAACAAGGAUGAUGUCUAUUAAAACAGAUUAUAACUUAAGCGAAGAUUGUGUUGAUGCGAUAGCUGGUUUUGUGAAAGAUAUAUUGCCGGAAGAUAACCUUUCACCAGCUACCUAUUAUGAGAUACAAAAGUUAGUUUUAGGGUUGGGUUUGCCCUAUCAAAUGAUAGAUGUUUGCAUCGACAACUGUAUGCUAUACUGGAGAAGGGAUGUUGAUCGUACUAGUUGUCGAUUUUGUCACAAACCACGGUUUCAAAAAACAAGUCGAAAGACUAAAAUCCCGUAUAAGAGAAUGUGGUACUUGCCAAUAACAGACCGACUAAAGAGGUUAUACCAAUCCAAACAUACCGCCGAGGCUAUGAGAUGGCAUGGUGAACACAACAGCAACGGAGAAAUUGCUCAUCCAUCAGACGCAAAAGCCUGGCAACAUUUUCAGUCAGUGUAUCCUAGUUUUGCAUCUGAGAGAAGAAAUGUUUACCUUGGAUUAAGUACGGAUGGAUUCAACCCGUUCGGAAGCCAUGGGAGACAAUAUUCUCUUUGGCCAGUUAUUGUAACACCAUACAAUUUACCUCCAUCAUUGUGCAUGAAACGAGAGUUUCUCUUUCUCACAAUUCUAGUUCCUGGUCCUGCGCAUCCUAAAAGAUCCCUUGAUGUCUAUUUGCAACCAUUGAUUCAUGAGUUGAAAAUGCUAUGGGCCGAAGGAGUUGAAGUGUAUGAUAUAUCUGCUAGGGAGAAUUUUAUAAUGCGUGCAGUGCUUAUGUGGACCAUAAGUGACUUUCCCGCAUACGGAAUGUUAUCUGGAUGGACAACACACGGAAGAUUAGCGUGUGACAGUGGUUUGAUUGUCAUAGACGAUAUCUACCCCAUGACCAUCCCUAAAUGUGGGGGAGAUGGGCAUGAUCCAGUUUAUGGAUAUGGCGAAAAUCACAACUGGCACAAGAAAAGUAUUUUUUGGAAGUUGCCGUAUUGGGAGAACCAUUUACUUAGGCAUAAUUUAGAUGUGAUGCAUAUAGAGAAGAAUAUCUUUGACAACAUCAUGAAUACCAUUCUCGAUGUCAAGGGAAAGACGAAAGACAACCUGAAGUCCAGAUUAGACUUGCCAGAUAUAUGUGCCCGAGAAUCUCUCCACGUGGAUGGGAGAGGAAAACUUCCAAUGCCUAUUUAUCGGUUAGAUGCAGCUGCAAAGCAAGAGUUCUUCGACUGGAUUAUAGAUAGCGUCAAAUUCCCAGAUGGAUAUGCGUCUAAUCUAAGGAACAGUGUUAAUCACGAAGAAAGAAAGUUUUCUGGAAUAGCAGCUUUCUUUCGAGAUUUGUGCUCGAGAUCAUUAACAGCAGAUGGAAUCAGAAACUUGAAAGAAAAGAUUCCGAUAAUCCAAUGCAAUCUCGAGAAGAUUUUUCCACCUUCCUUUUUUGAUGUUAUGGAGCAUCUUCCAAUCCAUCUCGCUCGAGAAGCAGAACUUGGGGGCCCGGUUCAAUAUCGAUGGAUGUACCUGGUUGAGCGUUCUAUGUAUCAUUUCAAGCAGAAAGUGAAAAAUUUAAGCCGAGUUGAGGGUUCAAUUGUUUCACAAAGCAUCAAUGAGGAAACAUCCCAGUUCGCUGCUUACUAUUUUUCCCCCGAAGUACAAACUAAAAGUCGAAAACCAUCAAGACAUGAUGAUGGAGGGCAGAGAACAGUUUAUCCUGUCGAGGUGCCUACCAUAUUUUCCCAAAUUGGUCGAGUAAGUGGAAAAGGAAAAAGUAGAAGACUCACCGAACAAGAGCACAUGCACUUACAUAAGUACAUUUUAGCAAACUGCGAAGAAGUAAUGACAUACGAAAGGAUUUACAUGGAGCAAAUAAGGGGUGCAUAUCCUAAUUACACUGAAGAUCAGCUUUCUGCACUAAAGGAAAACGAGUUCGUAAAUUGGCUAAAAUUCUAUGUAAGGUUUCUCUUGUCCAGAGGAGAUCCUAUUCAGCCAUGGUUAGAGGAGUUGGCCCUUGGUCCCAAAUUUGUUGCUGUGUCGUACCCGAUGUAUUGCACGCGUGGAUAUGCUUUUAAGAUUUUCAGCGAAAACACUACGCAGCCAACUAUAAAUCAUGGUAUAUCUGCUAGAUCUGGCGAAGUAAUCUACUAUGGUAUUUUGCGUGAGAUAUUGGAGAUUCACUAUCCGGGGAUCCUUAAUUUUAGGUGUGUUGCCUUCUUUGCUGAUUGGUACAACCCGAUAGUUGGAUAUGGUGUACGAAUUGACGAGUUCGGAGUAACAUCAGUUCAUUCCAGAAGAAGUCUUGCAAACUAUGAUCCGUUCAUUCCGGCUUCACAAGCUGAUCAAGUCACUUAUAUUCGGUAUCCUCGUGUGAGGAAUAAACAAGACCCUUGGAUCACCGUGACCCAUAUAACUCCACGGGGGAAAUUGGAAGGAGUUUCGGAUAAGGCUGCGAUGCAACAAUCCUCGAGCAAUGCCAUAGGUGAUCUUCUUGUUGAUGGCACCGAAAUUGAUCUUGUUGUUGAUUUUACGGGUGUAGGUGCCAACGAAGUAUUCUCAGAUUCGGAGUCGGAGAACGGAGAAUUCAACGAACACUCGGGUUCGUCAGCUACCAAUUCGUCUAAUUUGGAUUAA